AUGUGUGACAAUUUGAGAGGCAAAGAGGGUCUUGGAUAUCAUAAUAUUGAGACAAAGGUUAAAGACAAUGAAACAUAUAAGCGUGGCUAUUAUAUUAUUAAUGAUACUAAAGCUACCAAUAAUGUUAAAGGUAAAGUAUUUGAGCAUUAUUCGAGACCAGUUAAUGCAGAUAGAACUGAUAGUAUUAGUCUUGUGAAGGACGAAGUGCAAACAUUAGCU